CUCUACAGGCUAGGUCACACAAUGUUCCCAAGGCACAGGUCCCUUGCUUCCAAAUACAAGAGGGAAUUAUCCUUUCAGAGAGGUUCCCACUUCCCACUGCAGAAUGAUAUUAAGAGUUUCCACUCCUUUUCGCAACUUGUUCUCUUCGCUGGUCCACUGAAACCUUCUCCGGCGGCCAAGCAUUCAAAGACCACUCACUUUGAGGUAGAAAUCCUGGACGCGCAGACUCGAAAGCAGAUAUGUAUCGUGGACAAGAUAUCUCCAACAUCUACUCUUCUUGACGUUAAGAACAAAUUCCACAAAACUUGCCCUCAGUGGUAUCCUUCUCGUGUGGGCCUCCAGUUAGAACGUGGUGGUCUCUUCCUGAAGGACUAUGUUAGCAUUCAAAGUCUUGCAGCGUCCUCCAUCAUUACACUCUACUUUACUGACCUGGGCCAGCAGGUUAGUUGGACCACGGUUUUCCUGGCGGAAUACACCGGGCCAUUGCUAAUCUACCUCCUCUUUUACAUGCGACUGACGGGCAUUUAUGACGAAAAGGAGAGUUUUAAAAAAUUCCGUCAUCCAGUGGUACACUUGGCCUGCUUUUGCCAUAGUUUACAUUACAUCCGGUGUCUUUUGGAGACGUUGUUUGUCCACAAGCUUUCUGGAGGGCACACGCCUUUGAAAAAUUUAAUUCAGGGAUGUGCCUUUUACUGGGGAUUCACAUCCUGGAUUGCCUACUAUAUUAAUCAUCCACGGUACACACCACCAUCAUUUGGACACAGGCAAGUUACGUUCUCUGCCCUCAGCUUUCUGAUCUGUGAAGCUGGGAAUCAUUUUAUCAAUGUGGCAUUAGCCCACUCCAAUUAUACAGGAAAUAAAACCUGUUUGCCAGGGCCAACUUACAACCCUUUCACAUGGUUGUAUAUACUGGUUUCAUGCCCAAACUAUACCUAUGAGAUUGGGUCAUGGAUCAGUUUUACAAUAAUGACACAAACACUGCCAGUUGGCGUCUUUGCCCUCCUGAUGACUGUACAGAUGUCUUUAUGGGCCCAAAAGAAGCAUAAAGCUUACUUAAAGAAAUUUGAUUCUUAUGUGCAUAGAAAAUCAGCGAUGAUACCACUUAUACUGUAAAGAUAAGCCUUCAAGUAUGGUUCACUAGCACUCUUCACACAAAGCUAGGAUGCUACUUCGUUUAUCACUAAUGCCGUUUAAGCAAACGUGGCCAGGAAUAUUACAAUAAUGCAUAUGUAAAUCUUCAAAUCUAGAGGGAUAAGUUGACACAUAAAGGGAAAUUUAUUUUU